AUGCAGAAUAGCUCUGAACUCCUUUACCACAUCAUCUUGACCGUCGUCGACUUUCACCUCGAGCCCUCGGGGUCCAAACGAGCUAUCUACAUUCUCGGCACACGGGCAACCAUCGAAGCCGCCAAAGACUCGGCCUCUAGGGUCCUACAUACGCUGAGAUACAAGCCUGAUGACUUUGUUGAAUACGACGUCCAUUCAAGUCAUGUCGGAACCUGGAAUCACGGCAACGGGGUUCUCAUCUACGCCAAAGCUCCAGCAGGCCAGGUAUUCCUUGUCUCCAUCCAGGCAACUCCCAAUACCGAGAUGCUCCAAGCCGACCGCGACGGUGCGGUUCUACUACCUCACGGGGUAACCUCGCUGCACUACGUGACGCAGACCGUCAUCGACUACAACAGAGAUCGGACCGGAUGCGUGCAGGAGAUGCAGAUAGAGGGGACGUUUGUUCACCGUGCUGGGGCCAGGAUAGCAGCACGUAAGCUGCUAGACCCUCUUGACUAUGCAGAGUAUGACACGCCGGAGAAGAUGAAGGGGGAGUGGCCUUAUGGAGAGGACGUACUUGUGCAUGCAGUCGCGGAGAAUGGAGAGAAUACCACUAUUGAGAUCAAGACUGUUGUUGAUACGCAUCACAAACAUGGAAAGGAUAUCUAA